AAAACAAAACAUAGCUACGGUCGCUACGGUCACGUGAUCGCGCACAGCCUCCUGAGACACCACGAAGACAGAAGGCGAAAGUGCUCACGUGCACGCGGUACAAGAUGCACGCUACUUUAGCUGCGUUCUCCGCUCUUCUUAUUUUCGUUCACGUGACGGCGGUAACCUACCCCAAUUGGAACGGAAGUGAUAGUAGGGUUCUAAGAAAUUUUCCGACACAAAGGAACCACAGCUCUACGCAUAGACAUUUAGGGGUACAUAGGCACGGUUAUAGGGCGGUUAAUAAAAAUGGUAACGGGGGUGAUGAAGGACACAGGGUGAAAGGAGGUGUUAGAGAUAGCGAGAUGGAAAAAAUGGUUGUAGACGCCAACACUGGUAUACAGUAUAACCCUUAUGCUAAACAUCAUCCAGGGCGCCAUGUGUGUACCCGACAUUCUGAAAAACCAGUUAAAUCCAAACAACCUUAUUGUAAACCUACAUUCAAAAACUAUGUGAUACGAUGCCAAGGCAACCAAAUUUGUAAGGGUGUAAGAUUAGUUUAUGAGACACAUUAUAAAGAUGUAGUUACAACAAAAACUUCUAGCGAUAUGGUUUUUACGUGCUGCCCAGGAUGGACCCAAGCUACCAACAAAAGUAACGGAUGUAACAAAGCAACAUGCAGCAAACCUUGUCUAAAUGGUGGUAAAUGCGUAAAACCAGAAAAAUGUGCGUGUCCAAAAGGAUUUGCAGGACUGCAAUGCGAAAUUAUUGUUAAUAACCCUGACUGCCGAAAACAUUGUUUCAACGGAGGGCAAUGCUUAAAAAGAGAUUCAAUAGAUAUAUGUAAUUGUCCAAAAGGUUUCAAUGGUCCCCAAUGUGAAAUUAAUUUGAAUAAACCUUAUUGUACAAACGGUUGCGAAAAUGGAGGAACUUGCAUACGACAUGAAUUAUGUCUCUGCACAAGGGGAUUUACAGGAAAACGAUGUGAAAUUGAUAUAGAUGAAUGUAGAGAACAAAAACCUUGCGAUCAAAUAUGUUAUAAUACACCUGGUAGUUAUAACUGUCAAUGUAAAGAGGAUUUUAUACUGCAGACGGAUGGACAGAGCUGCAGGAAAGAAGAUGAUGGAGAUGUCGGCUUGGAAGCUAAAGAUUUAGAAUUCGAAAUACUGGAUAAGAGGCUAUUGAAACUCGAAACCAUGAUGGAUGAAAGUCACAAAAACGAUGUAUCAAAAGAUGAUUUGCAACACUUAUACCGAGAUAUGAAUUCGAUUUCUCAAGAUAUAAGCAGUUUGAAGAACAAAAUCAAUGAUGUAGAGAAUUACAAAAACGAUAUGUAUGUGUUCAAAAAUAAAUUAACCACGAUAGAGAAGAAAGCUGAAAAAGUAGACGAACUAAUGUUGAAAUAUGACAGGAUGAAAAAAUGUGCUUUUUACAACAAAAUAUGUAUGUGAGAAGUUCUGACUGAUUAUUUUAAGCUAGAAAAUAUUCUGUGUAUAUGUAAAUCUUUAGUUAAGUUAGAGGAAAUAUUUUAAAUUCAAAAUAUUUUUUGAACCUUACUUUUAUUUUGAGAAGCCUCGUUACAAUAUGAUUCUACCAGUACUUAGUAAAAAUUAUAUAAUUUGUCUUAACUUAAUUAAUAGUAAAUAGCAUUUAUAUACCAUCAUCAAUGGACAAAAGCUGAAAUUGGCAAUAUUUCAUUGGAAUCUGUUUGAAUUUAAAAGUUUUCCUUAUAAUUAUCCUUGUCCAGUGAUAUUUUUAUAUAAGUACAUAUAGGAUACAUACCUACUGAAAUAAUAAAUAAAAUUAGACAAUAAUAUCAACAGAAAUAAUAAAACUGUGGGUAAUUUAUGAAAAAUAAAAUUUUGAGAUGACUAACGACAAGUUAACAUGUUUUUCUACCCCUAUAAUAUAGUAUAUUUCAUUAGGAGUCUGGAAAUAAGGACUUUUUGUUAUUUACAAACAAGAGAACAUUGAUUUUAACUUUAAUGUAUGGAGAGUAAAGGUAAAGAGGACCAUCUUAUAUGGGAGCUUAGCUUAAAAACUGUCCUCUUGUAGACGAUAAAUUAUAAUUCAAAAUUUGACCAGAAUGGCUCUCCUGUCGGACGAGAUAUCAGUUCAGUCUUCCGUCCGUCUUAUUUGAAUGACCUACCUCAAAUAUUUCCUACCGGGCGUGCCGCGAUUUCUCGCUCAUCACUAUUUUAGACAGAGUGAAGUAUGCAGUGUUCAAAAAUUUUAUUAUAAUUAAAUAUUGGAAUAUAAAAUCUAAACUAAUCACGUAGUACAAAAUAAUUUUGUAAAUAUAACCUAACAAAGCUACUUUGAGAUAAUGCUGAAUGUUAAUUAAUUAUUCUGAAUUUCUAGAAAAAAAGUGCCAAUUAUCACUUCUUUCUUUCUCUGUCAUUAUUCUUGAAUUUCUAGCCCUUUAUUUAAAAUUUAUACUCAUGCGAUAGUAGCGCCUCCCUUACGUAAAGAAUUUUAUGGACACUUUCUGUAGCACAGAGAUGGAUCUCCUUACCUCUACCCUCCAUACUUUAAUGUAAGAUAUUGCAAGCAAUAUUCGAAACAUAUCGAUAAUUAAAUUUCGAUUCCUGAAACUUUUCGAUUAUAGUAGUUAUGCAACACUUAUAACGCUUUAACAUCGCUGAAUGUCAAAAGUAGUAUUACCAUAAUGUGGGUCUCCCUAUUUUAACUUAAUUUUCUGUUUCAAUCGCCUAAUAAAUACUGUGUUAUAUAUUAGAAUAUUUUGAAUAUAUACGUAGUUAUUAAAGCAAGUCGAAGUAAUAUGAAUGUUACUCAAUUUCCUAUUCGGAUAUAAAUAUAUCAAUUCCUUGCUUUAAAUAAUGCCACAAAAUGGGUAUAUUCUUUGUUGCUGAAAUUAGGCCAUCAAACUAUAAGAAAUUUUCGUAAACUAUGGUCGCUUAGCAUAGCGCUACUAGUACCUACCGAAACCUUAACUUGGUACCUUAUUAUAUUUUUUUCAAUAUCAAAUUGAACUAUCCAAAUAUUUAUAUAAGUUGAAAAACUUUUACCCUUAAAAAUAAAUUUUCUGCGGAUAACAAAUCAAUAAGACCAACUGACCUUUUAUGACCAAUUUCUAGCCUUUCAUUGAUAUAAUUGGAUACUUUUGAGAUAGUGAACUUGGUAACAAUCUUAAUACAAUAAUUUUUUAUGCAUUAUUACUUAAUUUUUUAGUAUUUUUCAAAUCAAUUAACUAAAUGGUUAGUUAACACAAAAUUUGAAAUAUUGAAUCAGUUCUAUUGAUCUGUACUUCUUGCAAACAGUCCCUUAAGUUUGCUUAAAAAUCCUUCAAAUUCUUGAAUACAUUUGAUUAAGCAUCUUGUAGUUAUGUAUACCCAUUUUAAUACUUAUUAUACCUACUGCCCCUGUAAUAUUUGAUUUUUAAAUAAAUUUUAUAAUAAG